CACCCCUAGGGGACGGCUGGGUGGCGAGGGGCGACGGACGGAGCGCCUGCCUGGUGGCGGGCAGGACCCGGGCUGCGCGGCGGGGCAUGAGGCGGGGGCGCGAUGUCGGUGCCGCUGCUGAAGAUUGGGGCUGUGCUGAGCACCAUGGCCAUGGUCACCAACUGGAUGUCGCAGACGCUGCCCUCGCUCGUGGGGCUCAACGGCACCGUGUCCCGCGCGGGCUCCUCCGAGAAAAUCACUCUCUUCCAGAGCCCCGAGGAGGGCUGGCAGCUGUACACCUCGGCGCAGGCCCCAGACGGCAAAUGUGUGUGCACCGCUGUGAUCCCGGCGCAGAGCACCUGUUCCCGGGACGGCCGGAGUCGGGAGCUGCGGCAGCUGAUGGAGAAGGUCCAGAAUGUGUCCCAGUCCAUGGAAGUCCUUGAGCUCCGGACGUACCGGGAUCUGCAGUAUGUGCGCAGCAUGGAGACCCUCAUGCGCAGCUUGGACGCGCGGCUGCGGGCGGCAGAUGGCUCCCUCUCGGCCAAGAGCUUCCAGGAGCUGAAGGACAGGAUGACGGAGCUGCUGCCCCUGAGCUCAGUGCUGGAGCAGUACAAGACGGACACGCGGACCAUCGUGCGGCUGCGGGAAGAGGUGCGGAACCUCUCGGGCAGCCUCGCUGCCAUCCAGGAGGAAAUGGGCGCCUACGGCUACGAGGACCUGCAGCAGCGCGUCCUGGCCCUGGAGGCGCGGCUGCACGCCUGUGCGCAGAAGCUGGGCUGUGGUAAGCUGACCGGGGUUAGUAACCCCAUCACCAUCCGGGCCAUGGGCUCCCGCUUCGGCUCCUGGAUGACCGACACGAUGGCCCCCAGUGUGGACAGCCGGGUCUGGUACAUGGACGGCUACUACAAGGGCCGGCGGGUCCUGGAGUUCCGCACCCUGGGUGAUUUCAUCAAAGGCCAGAACUUUAUCCAGCACCUGCUGCCGCAGCCCUGGGCAGGCACGGGCCACGUGGUGUACAAUGGCUCGCUGUUCUACAACAAGUACCAGAGCAACGUGGUGGUGAAGUACCACUUCCGCUCGCGCUCGGUGCUGGUGCAGAGAAGCCUGCCAGGCGCUGGCUACAACAACACCUUCCCCUACUCCUGGGGCGGCUUCUCUGACAUGGACUUCAUGGUGGACGAGAGUGGGCUCUGGGCCGUCUAUACUACCAACCAGAACGCGGGUAACAUCGUGGUCAGCCGGCUGGACCCGCACACCCUGGAGGUCAUGCGGUCCUGGGACACCGGCUACCCCAAGCGCAGCGCCGGUGAGGCCUUCAUGAUCUGCGGCGUCCUCUACGUCACCAACUCCCACCUGGCGGGGGCCAAGGUCUACUUUGCCUACUUCACCAACACGUCCAGCUAUGAGUACACAGACGUGCCGUUCCACAACCAGUAUUCACACAUCUCUAUGCUGGAUUACAACCCCCGCGAGCGGGCCCUGUACACCUGGAACAACGGCCACCAGGUGCUAUACAACGUCACCCUCUUCCACGUCAUCAGCACCGCUGGGGACCCGUAGGUGCUGUCCCAAGGCUGCUGGGGUCCGACCCUUGUGGUCUGUGUCCUUUCUGGUCUAUGUCUCUAUCACCUUCCCUCCCUUUUGUUUUCUCUUCCUGCCUCUGCCCAGCUUUUGUUCUCUGCCCUUCUAUCUCUUGUAUUUUCUCAAUUGUGUCUCUUCUCCCUCACUGACCUCUGCUUUUGAUACUCCAUUUCUGGGUCAUUUGGCCUUUUUAUUAAUGUCCCCAUCUUUUUAUUUAUAUAUAUAUUUUUCGUGGUACUGGGGAUUGAACCCAGGCCCUUUGCA